AUUCAUCUCUCAUCAAUUUCAAAACAUUUUCUCCCGAUUUCUAAAUCGAAGAUUCGAAUCCAAACUCAUAUCCGAUGAAUAUUCCGAACAACGAUAAGCCAGAAAACGGCAACGCCGGAACAAUCAAGCCACUCGACCCGGAAGAAUUCCGGAGACAAGGCCAUCUAGUCAUCGACUUUCUCGCAGAUUACUACGAGAACGUCGAGAAAUACCCGGUUCGCAAUCAGGUCGAACCGGGCUACCUCAAGGACCGGCUACCCAGCUCGGCUCCAAACAAACCGGAGCCGAUCGAAGAAAUCCUCCGCGACGUUCAGAGAGAUAUCGUCCCCGGCUUAACACACUGGCAGAGCCCUAAUUACUACGCCUACUUCCCGUCGAGCGGAAGCAUCGCCGGAUUCCUCGGAGAAAUGCUCAGCACCGGAUUCAACGUCGUCGGAUUCAACUGGAUGUCGUCCCCGGCCGCCACCGAGCUCGAGAGCAUCGUCAUGGACUGGCUCGGCAAGAUGCUCAAGCUCCCCUCGGAGUUCCUCUUCUCCGGCGGCGGCGGCGGCGUGUUGCAGGGCACCACCUGCGAGGCCAUACUCUGCACCAUGGUCGCCGCCAGGGAUCGGGUUUUGAAGAGGAUCGGGAGAGAUAACAUCAACAAGCUCGUCGUCUACGGCUCGGAUCAGACGCACUCCGCGAUCCAGAAAGCAGCUCAGAUCGCGGGGAUAAACCCUAGCAAUUUUCGCGCCAUCGCGACAUCGAAAGCGACCGCAUUCGGGCUCACGGGGGAGGCAUUCCGAGCGCAGGUCCAAUCCGAGGUGGAAUCAGGUCUGGUGCCUCUGUUCCUAUGCGCGACGAUCGGAACGACGUCGUCCACGGCGGUAGAUCCGCUCCGCCCGCUCUGCGCGGUGGCGAAGGAGUUCGAUAUUUGGGUGCAUGUCGACGCCGCCUACGCCGGAAGCGCAUGCAUCUGCCCGGAAUACCGCCAUUUCCUCGACGGCGUCGAGGGCGCCGAUUCCUUCAGCUUCAACGCGCACAAAUGGUUCCUAACCACGCUGGAUUGCUGCUGUCUGUGGGUGAAGGAUCCGAGCGCGCUGGUGAAGGCGCUCUCGACGUAUCCCGAAUAUCUGCGAAACAAAGCUUCCGAUGCGAAAUCGGUGAUCGAUUACAAGGACUGGCAGAUCACUCUCAGCCGGCGGUUCCGAUCGCUGAAGCUGUGGCUCGUCAUCCGCAGCUACGGCGUCGCGAAUCUGAGGAAAUUUCUGCGGAGCCACAUCAAGAUGGCGAAGAAUUUCGAAGGAUUGAUCGGGAUGGACAAGCGGUUCGAGGUGGUGGUGCCGCGGAACUUCGCCACCGUGUGCUUCCGCAUAUCGCCGAUCGAGAUCGCCGGAAACCACCAGAUCGUGUCCAAGGAGGAGGCGACGAACAACAUAAAUUCGAAAUUGCUGGAGACGAUAAACGAAUCGGGGAAGAUUUACAUGACGCAUGCAGUGAUCGGAGGGGUUUACGUGAUGCGGUUCGCCGUCGGCGCGAGCUUGACGGAAAAUCGUCACGUGAUUUUGGCUUGGAAAGUUGUUCAGGAACAUGCAAACGCGCUCUUGAACAGUUCGUAAAUCACCGACUUUACGACCUAUAUAUAUAUAUAUAUAUAUAUAUAUAUAUAUAUAUAUAUAUUUCUUUUAUAAUUAUUUUUGAGGAGGUCUCGUGUACACCGGUUGCAUGGUUCGACCGGAUGGUGCAAGAAAGCGCAUAUAUGAUAAUGGCCGGAGGUAAUCACCAGCUCAGUAUCUAGGUCAGCUGGUAUAACCGCGCCUUGUAUCAAUAAGGUGGCUUGUUCAAAACUCACAAGCACCAUAUUUUCUCAUGCUUGUAGUCCAGUCCAGUUCGGUUCGAUUCGGUUCGCCUAGUUCGGUCGAAACGGAUUCAAUAAAAGUGUGGUUUGUAAUGUAAUUUAUUUUCGGGAU